CUACAAUUUGGGUGCAGCGACAGUUAGUUGUAAAUCGAAGCAAAAUGAAAGUAUUCCUCGUUUGGGUUUGCCUGAGUACAGUUUUGCACUCAACCCUUGCAAUCCAAUGCAGGGACUUAGUUCACAAGAAAGAGGAAAUCAUGGAGUGUUGCAAGGCUCAGGACUUCAUUUUCCAUGAGAAUUUGGCGGCUUGCGAACAGGAACAUGACGGCAAGGGGCUCAAGGGAAUUCAAAUGUGGCCGUGUGUGAUGGAGUGCCUCUUUGAGCGUAAUGGACUGUUGAAUGGAGGUCUGAUCGAUACCGACAAAUUGAUCGCUAAGGCAGAAGCGCUGAAUGACGACUUCAAAGAUAAGGCCGUCGAAAUUACCAAGGACUGCGUCUUGCAUAUGGAAAAACAAAACGUAACCAAUAAUGAUCGAAGAGCAUGUGGCGUGAGUCCGCUAAAGAUGGCUUUGUGCAUCGGCAGAGGUUACAUUCAUCACUGCCCGGCCAAUAAGUGGACUUCCUCUGAAGUUUGUGACAAGUUGAGAAGCAGAGAUUGUUUCCAAAUAUAAGACAAGUUAGUUUUGAUUCCGUCCAUUGAAAGGAUGAAUUAUUCCAGUGAAUAAAAAUCCCGAAAAACUGGGAUUU